UUCGCGGCGCAUUCGACAAACCACAGCGGAUGACCGCAUAGACCACGCCUUUAAGCGACGAAAACGAACACUGGUCCAUCACGGGAGGAACAGUAAGCAGAACGGGAAAACAAUCAAUCAAUUCGAAACUCGAAACAGAGAGCGGCCAUGCGUAGCAUUUGGUCGUGCUCUUCGUGUGUCGCCUUUUUUGUCAUGGCUCUCUUCGGCCAGGAAGCGAUGGCGUCGCAAACGGAGGCACUGCUGGAGAAGGAGACAGUUCACAGGGUCCCAAAGAAACCACAAACCACACCUCCUCCGCAGCCAUUACGACUGAAACGAAGAGGAGACGACCAUCUUACUUGCCCGGUCAACCAUUCGCUAUGUCCCGAGUCCUUGGGAGGAGGUUGUUGUCCAGAUCAAUAUGAGUGUGCAAGCGACGCAUGCUCGGCGACAACAGCGGCAUUGGGUACGGCGUGCGGGAGAGUAGGAUAUUAUUAUUGUCCCAUUACCGCCGGACAGGGAUGUUGUCCCGACGGUUGGGUCUGUGACGCCGUGAGAGGCUGCAUAGCACCAUACGGGGUAACCAACACAUUCACAUCAUGCCCUGCCAGCUAUAAACUCUGUCCAUCUUCCUACAACUACGGCUGCUGCCCGAACAACAUGGGAUGCGCAGUCGACGCAUGCUACUCAACAGAGCCAUUCAGCACCACCCUAGUCGAUAUCAUCACCACCACCUCCGGCGGCAAGACCAUCACCACCACCCAAAUAUCCGCCAUCCUCACCACACCCACACCUCCUCCCGCUCUUACGGGCGCCGACGACAACUCCGGCGCCAUCCCGAAAUUCCUCCCCACCACCGUCCCCAAAGCCUCCGCCAUCCCUAAAGAUAACAAGGAUAACGGCGGCGGCGGCAGCGGCGGUCUCAAAGGCGCCCAACUUGGCGGUAUAAUCGGCGGCGCCAUCGCUCUGUUGAUUAUCGUCAUCAUCGCCGCCUUCCUCAUCAUCCGCCGCCUCAAGCGGGUCGAAUCCGCCAUAGAAUCCAAAAAGGGUUCCACAUCCGGCUACCACUCCAAAGUCUCCUACACCAAGACCAGCAAGACGGGUGCCUCCCAAGCGCAGAUGGAACAAUCCGGUCGGUUCCUGCACGUCAGAGCGCCAUCGGACGCUGAUAACGCCAGCGCCGAUCCUCUGAUGUUCACGACCGAGACGAAUACCCCCGGCGAUCACACGACGAAUAUUAGCAGCUUGGCGGGGACGCCGCAGCCUGGGGCACAUGGGAGUGGUGGGAGACAUGGCAGGUCGGGGUCGGAUGCGUAUAACAACGGAAGCGGACUAGUCAGUCCCGAUCCAAACUCGGGCUAUUUCGACGCUGCAUCACCACCUCUUCCCUCCCAUACUUAUGCUGGUGGGCAUAACGGCCAUAACGGUAUGCGUGAGAGCGUCGAUAGCCAAAGCACCGGGUUGGGAUACCACUACAGCACCCGCAACCACCAGCAGCAGCAGCAGCAGCAGCAGCAGCAGCAGCAGCAGCAGCAGCAACACUGGCGCCACCAAAGUAACGCGAGCGAACUUUCCGCUGACGGAAGCGAGAUCACGCACCACGGGGUCGGCAGUCCCUUGGUCGGUCAUCAUGCUAGAGGCACAUCGGGCGGUGGCGGUGGUCACAGUCAUAGUCAUAGUGGAGGACUAGGCGACGUCCCCGAGCUAGAUUCCUCGGGCAUGUUCGUUGAGUUACCCGCCACUGCCACUGCCACUGCCACCGCCACUUCUCUGCCACCACGCAACUCGUUUGGUUUGUCACCCGCUUCGAGAAGGACCAGCAAUCCCAACAGCCCAAACAUACCCAGCCCUCACAGCCCCAACCCCAACACCACCGACAGCACCCAACAACAAAACAGCCCCCUAGCCCUAGACGUCCUCUCCGAAACAGAAACAGAAACAGCCGAGUUCAUCCCCCGCCCCCACCAACAGCAGCACACCUCUCUAGACGGCUACUACGGCCCCACCGCAGACAGACAAGUAGGUCAAACAGCUGGCGCUGGGCUGGGGUUCGUGCCGACGGAGGGCCAGUGGGAUGGGAGUUCACGACCUGGUGCGUAUCCGAUGGGGUUUCCGAUGAUUAGCGUGCCGGGGUAUGGGCUUGGUGGGGUUACUGAACCUGAGGAGGAGGGUCAUGAGGAGGAGGGGACUUUGGAUAUGGAUGUGGAUGAUGAGAAGGAGGGGGUUGUUGAGAAAGAGAAAGCGGAGGAGCAUGGCCAGCGAGAAGGGCAUGGAUUUGAGCAAGGGAAGGGGAAGGGGAAGGGGAGUGAUGGGGUUCAGCAACAGUAGUAGCAGCAGCAGCAGCAGCAAGGGGGGGAUGGAAAUGGGAACGGACACGGACAGCAAUAACAGCAAGGAAAAUAAGAGAGUGUUGUUAGAUGGGGGGGGUUAUGAUGUUGGGCUGGGUUUGAUGGACGGAAUCUAGGAUUUAUUGAUAUGCUUGGAGAAAUGAUGAUACCCACAAGUUUAGCUUUAGCUUUGAUUUGCGAACACGAUUAUACAUAUACCUGCUUACCAAAUACUUAACAAUUUUAUGCUACCAACUAACUAC